AUUGCCUGAUAAGCAUCAUUACAACGCAAUUUCCAGGUUUUUUAUCAUUUUACCAUUUUUCUUGUGUCUUUCGACAAUAGCAAUACAAUUGAUUUUUAUGUUUUUUAUGUUUUUUUGUGAUUUUUGCUAAAAUCAAACUCAAAAAAUCAAUCAAUUUUUCUUUUGGAAACGAUCAAAAAGUAGUUUGAAUUUUCAGUUUAUUCAUCAUCUAAAACAGCAAUUCGAUCAUCAUUUUUUUUUUGUGAAAAGAAUCGAAAUCCAUCCAUACAUAAAAAUGAAAUUAUAUUUUUAUUUAGCUAUAAUUGCAUCAGCAAUUCAACUUGUUUUUGGUCAAGCAUAUAUUGGUGGUGCAUAUGAUUUUGGUCAAAAUCGUUAUGGUGAACGAAGAGGUGAAUUAGGUCCAGCCGCCAUUGCUGGCAUUACAAUAGGUGCUGUAUCUGUUUUAAUGGCAUUAAUGGUCACAAUAUAUUUUUGUUAUUAUACAGCAAAUCAUGUAAGCGAUGAUUAUCCACCACCACAUCAAGUACAUGUUCCACAAAAUUAUCCACAUACAGCAUAUCAAAAAGCACCCAAUCAUCCUAAAUAAAUAAAAAUUAACAAAAACAAAA